AUGGCAGAUGGAGCAGAGAGGCGAAGAGAGGAGGCCGGUGGAACAGGCAGAGAACGGCUGGGCGAAGCUUUCCACACGAUGGCCGUGUGGCUUAUCUUAGGAGCAAAUGGCAACCAGAUCCAGUUUGGCCACGGUGAAUUUCAAGAUUGCAGCUUAGUGCGGCGGACUGGCGGCGUCCUGACAAUGUACGCAAGAUCUCGACGCGGACGAAGAUAG